AUGGAAAAUUCAACAAGUUCACAAAUCAACAAUAGCUCUGAUGAUAAUUUGAUCAAUCAUAAUGAAUAUUUACCAACAAAUGAAGAAUUUGAAACACUAUUAGCGUCAUACUCGGCCGUCAAUGAAAACGAAAAUAUUGAUAUAUUACUUGACGUAAAUUCAAGCGUGACAGGUGAUCCUUUAUAUAUGUCUCUAUUUCGAUCAUUUAAAAAUUAUAUUUUGCUUCUAGAUUUAUCGUUAUGUGGUAGUCAAGGUCAAAAACGACCUUUUGAAGAUAGUCUGAAUAAAGUUAUACAUAAUAAACGUUCUGAUUCAUCCAAUGAUUCUAUUGUUGAUGAUAUUUUGAUUUUAAAACAAAAAUAUAUUGAACUUGAAUCUAAAAUUAAAAAAUUAGAAGAACAUUGGAUGUCAUCAUCAACAAAUUCAGCUAUGGAUCCGAAUUUCGUUGAAAUAUCAAAUGUUUCACGUGAUGAUCAAGAAAAUAUGAAUGUUGAUAAAGGGACAUCUAUGACUGACAUAUUACUUAUACUAAAGAUGGAUGCAAAUAAACUUACGAAAUGUAAUAAAAAGACAGCAACCGCUACGGCGCGAUCUGUAAUCAAAUCUAUGUAUCCUAAUUGUGAUUCCAAUUUUCGAUAUAGUGAUGUCGAUAAGUCCAUUAUUGAUUGCAUCAUCGAAUAUACAAAGUUUUCUAAUCCGAAUGAUAAAGCUUCUGGUACAGAACGUCGUCGAGCCAUUAGCAAUUACUUUGGAUAUUUAACUCAUCAAAGAAAACUCAAAGCUAUGAUGGUUUCGAAUCAAAUUGUUUUAGAACCAAAGAAUGACAAUAAUAAUACCAUAUCUGCAAGCUGA